UGUGUCGUCGUCGUCGUCAUUCUUACAGUUUAAGAAAAAUACUAACAAAAGAAACAGAAAAAGAAAAUAAUUGUAUCAUCGUUCAACUACGUACGAAGAGAAGGGAGAUCUUGUUCGCGAUCAAAACGGAAAGGGUGAGAGCGAAAACGAAAGAAAGUAAAAGAGAGAGAGAGAGAGAGAAACUAGUUAAGCUCCAAAAAAGAACGUCAAAAAAUCGCUCACGCGCGUGUGUGCUGUGUGAAUUUGACUUCCGCGUGCCCACGGUGUUAAUCUCAAAUUCGUCAAUUUUAUUAUUAUAUUUAUUACCUUCGAUCAAUCAUCUUGCACCUUUCUCUCCCAUUUUCUCAGCUUCGUCAUCGCUCCUCGCUUUUAUCCGUUUUUACGGAAGUCGGUUAUCAGUUUUCGAUCAUUGACCUCUCUUCAUCACAUCAUCGCCGAUCUCAAGGAGAAAGAAUAACAGAGAAAGAGGUAAAGAAAGAGAGAGAGAUAAAAUCUGAUAUUUCUCUCUUGUAUAUUCGCAAAGACAAUCCUAUUAUUCUUCGUCCAGAAGAUUUUCUUCUUCGAUCACGUGAAGAUACCAAGAGGAGUUUAUCACGGAAGGUGGAGGAGGAGAAAGUGUGGUGGGAAAGGAAAGGAGGUGGCGAAAAAAAUUUGUGCAUUGAAAAAUUGAGAUAGAAGAAGAGGACCGACCGGCGGGGACGAACGUGUUUUCUCGUUUCUCUUCUUUCUUCAUCUUUUUUUUUUUCUUUCUUCCUCUCCGUUGGCGGUUAGUGACAAAGGAUAUAGAAAAAGUAAUUAGAUUAAAAUUAAUUAUUAUAAAAGAAGCGUAUUAAGGAGAAGAAAGAGGGAUUCUUUUAGAGACGCGUAUUUUAUAUGUAUUUCGUGAGAAGUCAAAAGGUUAACGAGCGUUGACAACAUUUUCCAGAAAUUGUUUAUUUUACAAAUUCGCGUCUAUGAAUAAAAAACAAAAUCGUCUCACACAAAAAACCAUCCAUCAAUCGUCGUGAUUAAAAACGCUUUAUUGUAUCGUCCACGUCGUUACCCCCGCCAACUCGACGGCAGCUCGUCGUCAGGCCGUCAUCGUCAGGCCGUCGUCGUCGUCAUCGUCGUCUUCGUCGUCGUCGCCGGUAAAAGAAACGUCUUAUAACCCGGUCGUCGUUCCGUUCUACGCCCAGAUAUCGGCAUCCUCCAACCACUGAUUUUCAUCGUUAACCGACGUUUCGACGAUAUCGUGCUGUAGACAUCGACAAAAAAAAUCAGCGUACGUCGAUCAGAGGAGAGAGAUUUAACCCGUGAGGUGUCGCUCGCCGCGGUGCAACUUUGUAUCUCGCAGAAGUUAGGGCGUGGCACCCCGAAAGGGCGAGUACGAAAACGCGAUUCAGACUGACGCUAACAUCUUUGUUUUAUAAUCGAAGAACGCCAUGCCAAACAUCGUCUCACCUAUCAAACUAUGAUAGUUUUUUUAUCCUUCGAGGAAAAAGAAAUGAACUCGUAGAAUGAGUCUUACGUCAGUCUUUCUCAUAAAUUCGGAAUGGGAAACAAAGAAGGAGAAGAAGGAUUAAAAAGAAAAUAUGAUACGAAUAAUCAAAGUAAUACAAAACGAAACAGAUAGAUAAAUAUAUAGAAACGAGGAAGAGAAAAAGAGAGAGAGAGAAUAAAAAAGAAAGUAGUAAACAAGAUGGAGAGCAUCCAGAGCAUGUGCAAGGCUUCAUCCGGAUCCACGAUGGACCGAGUCCUCGAUCAACCGGCACCGUGGCUCCUUCUCGAGGACAAGCGGGAAGUCUCGAGAGGGAUACUUCCGGUCGUGACAGCCCUGAUCAAAACGGUGCGUGAGAAAUGAAAGUAUUUCGUACGUAGUUAGUGACGACCCCUCAGAAGAGUGCAAUGAUGGCGAACGGAAUGGACACCGUUGUACAACAAAAUGGAGGAUCCACCCUCGGACAGACAUCGCAGGAGGAGUCGAAAACGAAUCUCAUCGUCAAUUAUUUGCCUCAAAGUAUGACGCAGGAUGAGAUCCGUUCUCUCUUUUCGAGUAUAGGAGAGGUCGAGAGCUGCAAGCUUAUCCGCGACAAACUUACCGGUCAGAGUUUGGGAUAUGGCUUCGUUAAUUACCAUCGACCUGAAGACGCUGAGAAGGCCAUAAACACGCUUAAUGGUCUUCGUCUGCAAAAUAAAACGAUCAAGGUAUCGUACGCGAGACCGAGCAGUGAAGCAAUCAAAGGUGCGAACCUUUACGUGAGUGGUUUGCCGAAGAAUAUGACGCAGUCGGACUUAGAGAACCUUUUCAAUCCUUACGGAAGGAUCAUUACUUCUCGAAUACUCUGCGACAACAUCACUGUACGACAGUUUGUGCUCGGCGGCGGAGACAAUUUGCCCGGCUUGUCGAAAGGGGUCGGUUUUAUAAGGUUUGACCAACGUGUCGAGGCCGAAAGGGCGAUUCAAGAACUGAAUGGAAGCGUUCCAAAGGGCUCGAGUGAGCCGAUCACCGUCAAAUUUGCCAACAAUCCAAGCAACAACAAGGCGAUACCGCCGUUGGCCUAUCUGGCACCCCAGGCGACACGUCGCUUUGGCGGCCCGAUCCACCAUCCAACUGGCCGCUUCAGGUACAUUCCACUGUCGCCACUAUCCAGCACUGGCAAGGCCAUGCUUGCCAUUAACAAAGGCUUACAGAGUAGGUACAGUCCGUUGGCGGGUGACCUCCUUGCGAACUCAAUGCUGCCGGGUAACGCGAUGAAUGGUUCCGGUUGGUGCAUCUUCGUCUACAACCUGGCACCCGAGACCGAGGAAAACGUCCUGUGGCAACUCUUCGGUCCUUUCGGCGCCGUCCAGUCGGUGAAGGUUAUCCGGGACCUUCAGACAAACAAGUGCAAGGGUUUCGGUUUCGUAACGAUGACCAAUUACGAAGAGGCGGUGGUGGCUAUUCAGAGCCUGAACGGUUAUACCCUUGGCAAUCGCGUGCUUCAGGUUAGCUUCAAGACGAACAAAAGCAAAACCGCGUAGGGCAAACAACAACAAGCAGCAGCAGCGGCAGCUGCAGCGGCAGUGGUAGCUGCCGCUGCGGCGGAUGCGGUAGCGGUAGCAGCAGCAGCCUACGAUCAUCGUGAGCGACUCUUACGUACGGUGGCACAGCUUCCGGUAGCUUUACCAGCUCAUGUCUACACCAAGAGAACCAAUCAUCAGCAGCACCAGCAACAACAACACCACAACCACCACCACCACCAACAUCACCACCAACAGCAACAGCAGCACCAUCACCACCACUAUCAUCACAAUCAUCAGCAACAACACCAACAGCUUCAUGCCGUUGGCGGUCACGUUGCUGGGAACAAUAGUGCCGCCGGUAGGAGUGGUAACAAUCAUCCUCCUGGCAGUAACACUAUCCUCCAUCGUUCAACGAGCCAGAAGCAGGGUCAUCCUAAACAGCCCUUUUCUCUCCAGCGCUUGCCUUCGCGCUGGCAUGAGCUAACGCACUCAAAAUGGCCGCCUCAGGAACAUCAGCAACAGCAACAUAACGCGCAACAGAAGCAGAUCUCCUUCAAGAACAAGCCUACCCACCAGAUGGUCAGCAAUAAGAAGCAACUUCAGCAGCAGACCGAAAAAGCGUAAUGUCGUGUGCAUGUGUGUACUAGUAUGUGAAUGGAAGUAUGCGUUAAAGACCAAGAAAACGGCACGGAAAUUUCUUUUAUAAGAACAGGGAAAGAAAUAAAGAGAGAGAAAAAAAAAAGAUGGAAGAUGUUUAUCAAGAAUCGAUGAAGUAAACUGCUAACUUAUUCCAACCAGGCUGAAAAUCGUUACCGAGAGUUCAUGUGGCGGAUGAGGAAAUAAGAUUAAAAAAAAAAAAAAAUUAAAGUUCGAUCGAAUGUAUUUUUCUUUGUCUCUGUUUCUCUCUUACUUCUUUACCUUUUCUCUGGUUCCAUUUUUACUUCUAAUCAAAUCAGCGUCGUUUUCUUGUCCGUUUUGCAAAAAGGGAUUGAAAGAGAGUGAUCGAUUGAAUGAAUGAAUGAAUAAAUGAAUAAAUGAAUGAAUGAAUGAAUGAAUAAGUGAGUGAGUGAGUGAGUGAGUGCAUAAAUGAAUGAGUGAGUGAGUGAAUGAGUGAAUGGAAAUUAUUGAAAAAAUCGGUAAGAAGUUGAUUAUCCAUCAAAGAUUCUUAUAUAUUCACGACGUAUGUAUGAAAAACAUAAAAAAAAGAGGGGUUGAACGUUGUUAAGGCGGUAAAGUCAAAAAGAUCAAUCAAUACGUCAGCUUGCUUUUUUAAAGUAAAAAGCAGGAAAAAGGAAAAAUAGAGAGAAAAAA